AUGAUGGCCACGGCUAGUCUAACCCCCUCUAUCUCACGCCUAAAUGAGGCUACUACCUACUUCCCGGCAGUAGGAAAGGUCGAAGACUUGACAACCACUCUUGAUCGUGCGGCUCUCGAGACUUCGUCUAAGGUCCUUGACAUAAUCGGAAGAUAUCGCUUGAAAAAGGGCAAAAUCACCGGCUCACAAGCCGAUGGCUCGUUUCUCAAGUUUAUUGCUUUGAUUUAUACACAUGUCAAGGCCGGAAACCCUGUUCCUCUAUGCCUACCAGCGUUUCCUUUCAAGUCGCCAAAUUCAACCUCCAAGACUUUGGGUAAACUGCCCGACAAAGGAGAAGAGAUUGCUCUGGCCCAUUUGAAUGGACUUUGCAAUGCUAUUGGAGACGUGUAUGCACCGGGUGCCAAACUCAGCAUAAUCUCGGAUGGGCUUGUGUAUAAUGACUUACUAGGUGUUCCUGACAAGGAUGUAUGGGCAUAUGGAGAAGCUCUUCGAUCCUUAGCAGUUGAGAAGGGGUUUCAUAACAUCUCUUUUGCUCGUCUGCGAGACCUCGUAGAGAUCGAUUUACCAAGAGAUCUCGAGGAGAUGACCUAUGUAGCCAAUGCAUCAAACUUUCGCCGUGCAUUGCUCAACACAUUCAGUCGACCUGAUUGGAGUUGGGACGAAGUCCGCCAGUUAGAAGACCAAUGCAUGACUUAUCGCGGCUACAUCAAGUUUCUCCAGACAGAUCUCGAAACAGUUUACCCAGUGGACGAAACACGCACCAAGUCCAAGUACAAGAGGGGAAUUGAGUACAUUGCUAAACAGAUGAUGGCCCGCGGAGACGCCUUCGCCAACGCAGUUCGACAAAAGUACCCUGACCACGUUCGCCUGUCCAUACACCCAUCAACUGGUGCAACUAAACUCUCCAUCAAUUUACUGCCCACCGAUGACCUUUAUACCACACCGUGGCAUUGCAGUUUGGCAUACAGGCUGGAUGGUACGAUCCGAACAGGUAUGCGAUCAGAGUUCGACAGCGACGAAAGCCUCGAACUAGUUUACGACAAUGGCCGUCCAUCGCACUACCGAGAAAAGUCGCCUCUAUUCUCAUGGGCGGAGGAGAAAGGUGGCAUUAUCGUCGAGCCCAUGUACCCUACUGGUCUCACGAUCCGUCCCGCCAAUGGACCAGGGUCUUUAACACCUGACGACAUCAACACCAACAAAGUUCGCGGGCUAUCCGAGAUCAACUCCCCUGUUAUCUUGAAAGGGUUCGUAAAAAAGCCAAAUCGUGAUAACUUCGUGAAUCUCAGCCAUCGAUUCGGGACGCCACUACCAUGGAAGUUUGGGUUGCUGCUCGAAGUCAAAGAUAAGGGGCAUGAGACCGGAGGGUUGAAUAAUGUCCUCUCAGCAGAACCUAUGCCAAUGCAUUAUGAUGGGUUAUUCAAGGUGGUUAAGCAGAUUGAUGCAGACGGUCAGGAGAAAAUGGUUUCGACUCCUCCACGGUUCCAACUGUUUCAAGGCGCAACAGACUCCCCUCGAGAUACUGGAUUCACUCUAUUCUCUUCAUCGACCCUCUUUUUCAAGUAUCUACCAUCAUGGCUGAGGGAAGGAAGUCUAUCUGACUUGACCUGGAGUGUAUCUACCUCAGCAUUUAACAACACUGUCUUGGGAGGUCUCCCUCUGGUAGUCCCUCACCCCACCACAGAGAAGCCGUGCCUGCGCUAUCAUGAGCCAUGGCCGCAGUCCAGGACAAGAUUCGAUGCUUCCGAAGUUGCGAUUGAAGGAUAUGAGACCUCUCAAAGCAAAGCUAUUUGCGCAGCGAUCGACUCGACUCUUUAUGAUCGAAGAGUAGUGCUAUACCAUACUUGGGAAAAGGGCGAUAUCCUGGUCAGCGAUAAUUUCUUAAUGAUGCACACGAGAAGCGAAUUUACGGCGGGGGUUGACCGAGAGCUUUGGCGGAUUCAUUUUGAUUAG